GAGAGGGCAGCCACAUCUGGAAGAUGCAUAUGGUGAAGGGGGAGGAGGGCCUCGGCAUACAGAUCACAGGGGGGCGGGGCUCCAAGCGCUCCCCUCAUGGCAUCAUCAUCGCCCGCGUGGAGAAGGCGGGUGCAAUUCACAGGGACGGGCGUCUUCAUGCUGGUGAUGAGCUGCUGAUGAUUAACGGUCAGUCUCUGGUGGGGCUCACUCAUCAGGAGGCUGUCGGCAUCCUCCGCUCCACGUCUGGUCUGGUGCAGCUGGUGGUGGCUAGCAGGGAAGAGGCAGAUGUUGGUUUUGAGCGCUUCCCCUCCACCAGUCUGCCGGACCUGGUCAGCACCUGCAGUUCCCUGUCCUGCCACCCCCAGACGGCCCCCCCUCUCUCCCCCCAGACCUCCAACUGCAGCACCGAUCCCUACCUGACUAACAUGGAGAAGGUAGAAGGACAAAGUGAGACAGAGGCCCCCAGAGGGUCCUGCUGGAGCCCAACAACCACCAAGAUCUGCAGUCGAGCCCAGGGGGGGGGCUCUCGUCUGGAGUCGGUGGGGGAGGAUGACGAGCUGCUGGUGGAGAACGGGGUGAGCAGCUGUGAGGUGGUGGAGAAGCCUCCACCUGGACGACGGAAACACUCCUUACCUCAACAACUAGAUGGUGCUGGAGUGAGACAA